AUGCCAGUUGGGGAUCACAGACGGGGGACCCAUGAUCGUGGUCGCCAUGGACACGAUCAUACUGCUACCAAGGCUACGAGUAAACCAAGGAGACCAUCCUCUUCUGUCAGCAAUCGCAAAACGUCAGUGACGUCAGCACAAAGAGAAGGGGUAAAAUCCGCGAAAAAUGUCGAACAGGACCGGCAAGUCACGAAGUCUCCCGAUGAAUUAGAAUUGAGAUCUCUCACAAAUGAUUCUUUGGCAACAAAGGAAGAAGAACUGGUUUAUCCAAAUGGACAAAUUGACGCGAACAACGAUGUGAAAACGGACGAAAUCGAAACCAAAUCUCCCGAACCGGAGGAAGAACAGCCUGUCGAGAAAUGGGCGGAAAAGUCAACAGAUGAAUACAAUAUCCGAUCAUUCAAUGAUAACAUCCUGGAAUUCACAGAAAUAUUCGACAACGACAAAUUUAAAACCGUAGAUUCUGCCUACCCCGUUGAAGAUCUCAUCUCUGUGGUGAACUCUGUUUCAAGCGCUAUAGAUGAAUUCAAGGAACAGACUCUGGCCUCACAGUCAAAGCUAGAGGGACUCCGAGAAAAGAUGAAAGAAGUUAAACAGGCCAUUCAUCAUAACAUCGCCAAAAACGCCGUGGAACUUCCAGAUGACGAGGCUAGCGUCGAAGAACGAGAACUGACCGAGAAACUAACCCGUUUAAAUGCAGAGGUUGCAAAAGCUAAUGCUGACCUGUCAGAGGCGCUCCGAUUGUCAGCCGAAACUGAAAGUACAGCAGUCAAGGCACAACUAGCAGCAGAGAGGGCAAAAGAAGAAGCUAAACGAAUAGAAGAGGAGCUAGAAUUGAAAUCUAAAGUAGAAGCUAAACGGAAGAUUGAGAACCAGAAGAAGAUGGAAGCUCUUCAAAAGCAAAAGGAACAGGAAGAGAGGAUGGAACAAGAAGCAAGAAAGCAGAAAGAAAUCGAAUGGAAAAGAAAGGAAAUGAAUGCUGGCGAAAAAGGACCGAUCUGGGAAAAAUGGCCAACACAUGAGGUUAACAUUGUUAGCGAUGCUCACGAGAUUGGGGUUGGUUGCAUGGUGCGCGGAAAUCCAUCUAAAUUUGACCAAUCACAGAUCGCAUUACAAGUUGUUGACCAGAUGCAAUGUAAAAUGACAUAUGAAACUCAAGAGGAGCUGGUCAGCUGUGUCCUAAAACUGACCAAUAAAGCAAAUGACCAGCAACAUUUCGAGGAGCCAAUCUAUGUCGCUGUACCGUUUCAAUUGCCUCGGUCAACUGCGUCGUCAAGGGAACCUUUCAUAAAAGCAGAAAUAAAUGGCGAAUGGAAAGAACUUCCUUCAAGGGAAGUCACAUUUGAAAACUACAAGGAUGUAAAGUUUGCUCAGGCAGAAAUAAAGGGACAGACAACCUUAGCCGUGAUGACAAGGUUCAAGAGAGAUUACGUCACACUGUCAAAGAGGCCAACAAAGAUUGUAUCGUCAUAUGAUCAUCGCGUGACUCUCACAGUCUCGAAAGACACAUUCAAUACAAAAGAACUCUUCAGGAUGCAGGUCCAGCCUGUCGAUUCUGCUACAAUCAAUGACAUGCAGAUGAGACGGAGGGAAUGUAAAGGUUUAUUAACCUCUAGUCCCAUUAUACAUACCGACUGGGAAUCUACCAGCUUUGCCAAACCAAUAACGGUAACCAUUCCCUGCCCACCUAAUCCCGCCAAGGCAAGAAAACUGGCUCAGAUUCGAAAGAUGAAGGAGGAGAAGAUGAAAAACCCUGUGAAAGUUCAGGUCAUUGAUUACGAAAAGGAGGCCAGAAAGGAGGAGCAAAAGAAAAAAGCGCAGCAGCAGAAAGAGGCCCAAAUGACGGAGGAAGACAAAGUAACGACAAAGUGGUACAUGGGAGAAUACGGAAAUAACGACGACGACGAGAAUGACCUGCUGCACUUCCUAUCAAUGUCACACACCGGAAAAUGGACCUUCCACCCGGAAAUAACGGUCCAGCAAGUUAAAUUAGAUCUCCUCCAGUUUACGUUAACACAGCCUUUUGAAAGGUUUAUCGUUCUGCGGACACGUACCAACAUAGCAGAAGAAAACACUCCACCGAUUGCGUCUGCAAUUUUUGAGUUUCUGUCGAAGCGUUUUGCACAGGUCAUCGUAAAACAAAGGAGUGACGAUCCGUUCGAUUGCCUGAUUAACGUUGUGCCUGUCUCAAAAACACAAAAAGUUCUCAAGCGUCUUCACGAAUCAGGAUAUGACGACGGUCCUGAUCCCAGCAGCAUUGUGAACAUCAAUGAAGGCGAUGUCAUUGAAGUAUCCUUCCGCGGGAACAUCACAAACUCCAAAGAUAAAACACUCAAACUGAAAUAUAAUUCGAACCUGAAGUCGGAAAUUGGAUUUUAUGCGUCAGAAGUGGAUCAGUAUUUACAGAAAAAUUUUAACGUUUAUCGUGGAGUCGUUCAGUUAGAACGUUGUUACAUAGUCAAACCAGACCGGAAGUUAAAACGGUCGCCUUCUGUGGUCGAUGAAAAUGCCGUGGCAGCCGCCCUGGACACCAAAAGAGAGCUCCUUUGUGAAAUAUCAAUCAACAUACCAAAGUACCACAUUGAGCCUGCAUAUAUCCCAGUUGUCGCCCCUGUUACCAUCAUAACAACCACAGAUCCCGUUGACGAUGAUCUCAUACGGGAUCUUGCACGUGAUAUGGGCGAUGAAUGGAAAAAGAUCGGUCACUUGUUGAAUGUCAGCCGCGCAAGAAUACAAGCGAUCAUAAGGAAUGUCGCAGUGAGUGACAGGUCGGAAGAAGAUGCCCGGUAUGAGAUGUUACUGAACUGGCUCAAAAAGAUGCCAAAAUCAACAGAUAAGGUGGCUGUGUUAAGUAGUGCCUUAGUGAAAGGUGGACGUGCUGACCUCGCCGAAGAUGUUAGGUCAAAAUGGCGGGAUUUCCAGAGCAAACACGGUGUGAAGGCCUGCUGA